UUGGAACAAAACGACUUUUAUUUUUGUGAACAUUUGAAUUUUUUUUUUAUUAAAUUAAUUACUUCUAAGUGUUUAAAGAGUUCCAUAAAGGAUGGAGAAGAUGCAAUUAGGAAGUCCAGCUUCUAGCCCAGCACAGAACUCAUAUUUACCGAAUUUUUUAAUGGGAAUCGAAAACACACCGACAAAUCGAUCUUUCUCUAAUUCACCAACAGCAUCACCAGACUUUAAUCGAUCAAACUUACAGCAAAGGUUUUUGACUGGAUUACAAAGUCCUAAUGCCGCAUUUCCAAAUCAAAAUACAUCCAUAAAUCAACCGUCAAUUCAGGCACAAGCUGUCUAUCAAUCUCAAAAUAAUAACAAUACAAGCAUCUCUGGACCACCGAUUAAUAGUUUAUUUGAUAAUUUAAGAAAUGACAAAAGUUUUCAAACGCCAUCAAAAAGUUUCUAUCAGCCACAAGCCAUCCAUCAAGAUACGCCUCAACUGAACAAUUCUGGAUUUAAUCAGUCACGAGUAUUUUCACCAAUUCCUCAUACCUUCAAUGAUUUUAAUAGCUCUUAUAAUAUGGGUCCAGGACCUGUCAAUCAGUCCUUUAAUAUCAACAAUAAUGUUUCUAUGGCUGGAAAUGUCAAUAGAUUUAAUCAAAGUGAUUUUUGGGUAACUGUCUUUGGAUUUCCAGCAGAAGCGAUAACAGCAGUCUUGUCUCAUUUCUCUGGAUGUGGAACUAUUCUAGAGAAAGUUUGUUCUUCUGGUAAUUGGAUUCAUUUAAGAUUCUCAUCAAAAGGCGAAUGCGAUAAAGCACUGCUGUAUAAUGGGAAGAUUAUUGGCAAUAAUUUAAUGAUUGGUGUCAUUCGAUGUCAAGAUGAUUCUGUGAUUGAGAAAGAAAAUACAGUUGACGUUAGUCGAGCAUCAAUCAAUAAGAUUCGUUCAUUGACACAAGCUGCUUAUAAGUCAGCUAAGGUUGAACAUGAAGUCUUGCCAGCAAACGAUGAUCCUAAGAAAACUACAGGGAUUGUUAAUAAAGCUAUGGACCUAUUGUUUGGAUGGUAAUAUGAUAAAUAAAUUAAAUUAUGACUGGCAUAGCUGCAUGUUGUCUGUAAAAUUGAUUAAUUAUAGUUUUUCAUUCAUGUAAUGUUCAUUAAAGUCAAAAAUUUGUUAAAAUAAAGUAAUAACGACAUUUAAUUUGAA